AUGAGAAAACAGAAUGCGUUACAAUCGCAAAAGGAUUCACGUUCAAUUAUUGUUAGAAAUGUGAUAAACAAAAAAUUGAGGAAAUUGGAUCAAAAAAUCAAACUGGGGAAAUCACCUUUAGUUCAUACUUCUAAUUUCAUUUACUAUGCCAAAGUAUAUCACACCAUAGAAAAAGCUUUCCUGGAUAUUAUCGAAAAGGACAACAACAUAAAUGAAAAAUACUAUGAGUUGAAAAGAAACUUUAAAAAUUAUUUGGAAUAUGAAAUAUCUGCAUACAAUUUGCCAGAGUCUAUUCUUCAUGCCAACGACAAAUUCAAAUUUAACCAACGCUUGAAUAGUAAGGAACUCAUCAUGAACAACCCACAGGUUUUAUUGCAAGAUGACCUAGAUUUGGAAUUUGAAGAAGAGGACAUUGAAGCAGAAGAAGAACAAGACGAUACUGACGAAGCUCGAAAUUCUGAGAAUGCAUUUGAAGUUGAUGAAAUCGUCAAUUCUAAACUCGAGUCAUAUGAUAGAAAUACCCUGGCACUCACCAACUAUUUGAUUAGUUAUACCAUAUUAACUGGCAAAAGCAAUUUGACAGAAUCGAAAUUCAUUGAGCUAAGAUUUUUAUUUUUGCAGAAUUUGUUUAAACAGCUUGAUAAUGAAUCUCAAAUUGAUCAUAUUAACUUUUACCAAAUUUUCAAAUAUUUGGAACACACUUUUGUUUAUUUUGAUAAUCAUUUCGACAGAAAGACCAGUGAUUAUCACCGAUUAUUGUUGCACGUGACGAAGCCAUGGAAUGCAACUACAUUAAUAGGUCACAGAGUCUGGGUUGAAGAUAAAUUGAUUGAAUUUGAUCAUGCUACUUCUGAAACUUCAUUUGAUAAGGUUCACAAAUUCACCGAAAUGUCCAAUUUAUUAUUGCAGUUUGUUUUGAAUAUAUUACCGCAAGAGAAUACGUUCGAGAAUUUAAGUUUAACCAUAUUUAUAUUCCAUAACUUUCUUGUCAGUUUGAAGAAAUUACAAGAUUCAUUGGAGAUAUCCGGAAUGGACUCUAAAUUUAUUCAGUUGAUUUCACAAACAAGCUUAUUAUUUGAUUUAUUAACAAAAGUUAGUUCCUUUAUGAACUCUUUGUAUUUGAGGCAUGUUUCCUAUUUAACUGAAGAAAGUGGAUUGUCUCUGAUUAUUCGAAAGAAAUUAGAAUUAGACACACAUAAUAAGGAAGUAUUUCAAUUGUUUACACCAGAGUUUGUCAAUUUGAUGGACCAUGAUAUUGACAAAUACAUAAAUAUUAUUUCUAAAUAUCAAGAGUCACAAACCACUGGCGAUGCAAUAAGUUCCUUAAAUGCAUGGUUUGACAAAUGUGGAAAAUACCUUAAAAUUGUUAACCCUGACUCUAAGAAUAUUUCAAUUUCCAAACUAGACGUAUACAAAUGUAUACCUCAUUUACAUACGACACUUUCCAACAUAUCAUGGGGGGAAUUUGCAUUGAAAAAUAUAGAUGAGGAAUUUGCACAUCUAUCGACUACCAUGGGUGAUUUGCUUUGGCAGCAGAUUACACAAUUUGUUGAUUUUAUGUCCAAUGCUCAUGCUGAAUUGAAAUCACCAGAAAAAUUAGUUUAUGUUAUCGGAAUUAUCAAUCAACUUAAAGUAAAAAUUUCCAGUUUGGAAAUCCCCACAACUACCGCCACUGAUGAUACCAAAGAAAUUGUCAACAAAUUGAGCAAUCUGUUAUUUAGUAAAUUGAUUGAGUCAGUACCAAGUGAUGAUUUCUAUUUGUUGGUUGAUGAAUCAAUACAGGAAAGUGUCACUAUUGAAACAGUCGAUAUACCAGUUAGACCAACCUUAAAACUUGUACGAGCCCUUUACAAAUUAUCGAGUAAUUAUUUGAGCGUUGCUCAAAACUCCAAUAAUUCAAAUAUUUUCCUCGAGGCUCAAGUGACUGAGGAUUUUAUUAAAUGUAAAAACAAAUGGGUUGAAAAAAACUUGAUUGGAGAAGUAUUUUUAAACGGAAUUGAAAAGAGCAUUAAAAAGAAAAAAGAAAAAUCACUCAAAAGUACUGCUGUCGAUGGAAAGGAAUCACCAGACAGAGCUUUGGAAAAGGAAACAACACAAUCUGAUAGUGCUAAAAUAAAAACAAAGGAAGAAAAUGAAGCAGAACAAACUACCAAGGAGAAAUCAGAAAAAGAAUCAAAAGAAAAGACAGAGGAUGACGGAGAUAUUAAAACAGACGAAGCUAAUGUAAACAGUUUAGAUCAAGCCGAAGAAAAAAUUGACGAACCACAAUCGGAAUCUAAAGAGAAAGAACCAGAACUGAAUGAAGAAGAUGAUGACAACGGAAAAACCGAGAUUGUUAAUGGAACCACAUCAAUAACUAAAACUCAAGCAUUAAGCAUAAUAGCUAACUAUACAUUCCUCUUGCACUUUCUUAACUCAAAAGUUGAUCUUGAGGACAUUGAAAGUGUAACUCAGUUAAUUAAAACCCAUUAUGGAGCAGACAUUGAAACUUCUUCGAUAAAAAUUGUCAUUGACGGGGUUGGUUCCUUUUACAAAUCCCAAAAGAGUGUUUAUUUGCCAUUACUGAUAAUAAAUUAA